AUGAUCCCCUCCCACCAGUCUUUGUCUGUGUUGCAGCGCAGGCUCGUUGCAUGCGUUGCCGCGUGCAUCCUCUGCCUGUUCUUAUACCAGUCUUGGAUACUCUCUCCACAAUUCUUAUUUCAGUCUACGCCAUCAACGUUACCGCCUACAAUUCCAAAGACAAUAUGGUACAAACUUGGCCCCAAAGGACUCAGCGAAAACGCCCGGAAUUGGACAAACAGCUGCAUCGAGAAGAACCCCGGCUACCGGACUGAGUUCCUCACAGAUGAAACUGCAGAUGCGUGGGUUCAGAAGAGUUUCACUUCGCGCCCGGACAUCGUGGAGAGCUACCUCAACCUUACCGUGCCAAUCCUGAAGGCGGACUUCCUCCGCUAUCUCCUCCUCUACGCCGAGGGCGGCAUCUGGUCCGACCUCGACGUCUCGUGCGAGGACACGCCCAUAGACGACUGGAUCCCCGCGCAGUACAAGGGCGCAACCUCCCUCGUCGUCGGCUGGGAGUUCGACGUCGGCUGGGGCAAGAACAUCCUACACCAACUCAACAGCUGGAUGAUCCUGGCGAAGCCGGGCCUGCCCCAUAUGCUGGCCGCCAUCGACGGCAUCCUUGGCAGCCUGCACGAGGUCGCUUCCAAGAACGGCGUCGCGAUCGCAAACGUGACGCUGCCGAUGGUCGGGGACGUUGUCGAUUUCACCGGGCCCAGGCGGCUGACCCGCAGUGUGUUCCAGACCCUGCAGCAGAAGCUCAACGUGACAGAUGACGAGUUCGACCCGAUCGAGGAGAGCACUUGGUUCAUCAGGGAGCCGAAGCAGGUUGCGGAUGUCUUGAUCCUGCCCGGAUAUUCGUUUGCUUCGUCAACCAACCACUAUGAUAAGACGGACGUCGUGGGUCCAUCGCUGGUUACCCACCACUAUGCUGGCUCUUGGAAGAAUGACCAUGGUGGCGAGGAAGUCUGA